AUGGUGACCCGUGGCUGGUUCCGGGAUUUACUCAAUCCCAAAAACUUCUACGCCGCUCAAGCACCGAUUUUGAGGUCGACAUUCUUCGGAGGAUUGACUCCGUUUACCGUUGCAAACCGACGGCGGCACGAUUCAGCACUCGAGUGUACUACAUUUGGCUACGUCAAUUCCUUCAUCCAUGCCGUUACGUUCUGCACGUGCUACGUGAUAUCUCUGUCCAAGCAAGAAAGCGUCACAGCGCAUUUUUUUAACUCCGAAAUAAGCUCGCUGGGAGACACCCUACAAGUGGCGGUCGGCAUUGUAGCACUCAUAAUGACAUUCGCCUACAGCAUCUUCCGGAGACAAAAGCUCAUCAAUGCAUUUCAAUCUUUGGCCAGGACCGAUCAACAUUUCAUGGAAAUUGGCGUUGAGACAAACUACAAAAGUACUCUUUUCUACAACUAUGGAUUAAUAAUCAUUCAAAUAUUCGUCCAAUUAACCUACAUUAUAAUAUCCGUUUCAAUCGUGACCAGUUCUGGAGUGUUAAUUUGUGCAGCAACAUGGGUAUCCUUUUUCCUGCCAUUUAACAUGAUGUCGAUGGUCGUUUCUCUCUUCGUUUGCCUGGUCAAUCAGAGCAAGCAUCGUUUCUAUCUUUUGAACAGAAUCCUUACAUCCCUUCAGGAUACUAGUGUGGCAAAGCGGCGCCUAUCCUACGAUGAGAAAAUGGAAACGGUUAAGGUAGUUAAGAUUCAAAAACCGCUAGGAAUAUCGUCAGCUUUCUCCAACACUAAUCGCUAUAUGCCGGAUGUGAUCAAUCGGGUGGCCAGUAUUCAGAGCGAGAUCUGCGAUGCGUGCGAUUGUGUGGAAGAUUAUUUCAAAGUGCAAAUGUUAACCAUCGUAACGAUUUCGUUCCUGAUCAGUGUCUUCAACGUGUACUACAUUUUGGAAACGAUUUUCGCUGAUGGCUCCACCGAUACACCCUUCAGCAAGCUGCAAUUUGUUGCAUUUUUCUUCUGUCAAGGAUUCAUACACAUCGUAGGAGUGGUGAUGAUAGUUUGUGUGAAUAAUUUAGCAAUGCAAGAGAACAAACAAAUUGCGGUGAAUGUUCAUAAAUUAAUAAACGUAAACAAUUAUGAUGAAGAGUUAACCAAGCAGCUCACAAACCUAUCAUUGCAAAUGAGCCACAGAAAGGUGGCAUUUACAGCAUACGGAUUUUUUAAGCUCGAUUUCACUUUGCUAUUUACGCUUGUUGGUGCAGCCACCACCUAUCUCGUUAUACUCGUCCAAUUUAGUCUCAAUCAAACUCAAACGUGCGAUCAAAGAAUUAUGGAGACCAUUGCGAUGAAUUUGCUGAAAAAUGUUUCACUAUUGCAAUAA